UUGGGGCAGGGGACUGGACUAAAUACCACUCCCCUUUGACAUUUGCGUGGGAUGGCUUCCUCUGGCCUGAAAUACUGAUCCUAGAAACUUCAGUCAACAUCAUUCCCUGUUGUGUAAUUUCACCUCCAGAAAGUACUCUCCAGAUGGAAUGGUUGGGAAGAAAUUGGCCAUCCUUGCAUAGUAGGUAACUUUUAAUGUAUGAGCUGGAGGAAUUAACAGGUUGGUUUUGAUAUCUUAGAUAGUCAGAGGAAGGGAUGAAUGGCUAUGUAUCAAAAUCAGUAAAUGUGGGGAAAGUGGUUGGCAUCCCCAGCUGAAAUGACAUGCAUGUUUACAAAUAAUGGGUAGUAACUACCUGCCUCUAAUCAAACCUCCAUGAACUACUGCAGGUUUGUGUGCAAGAAUAAUGGGGUGCUCUUUGAGAACCAGCUGCUGCAAAUCGGGGUGAAGUCAGAAUUCCAGCAAAACUUAGGCCGUAUGUACCUUUUCUAUGGGAACAAAACAUCUGUCCAGUUCCAGAGUUUCUCACCAACAGUCAGCUAUCCUGGCGACCUGCAGAGCCAGCUCAAAAUUCAGACAAAAGCAGUGGAGCCACUGGUGGAGGGAGGGGCUCAGGUUCAACAGGUCCUGAACAUUGAAUGCCUGAGCGAUUUCACAGAGAGCCCCCUCAUCAACAUCAAAUUUGGGUAUCAUUGCUUGACAUCUCAGCCAAACCCUCAGCUCUAAGGGCGAAAGAGUUUCUAUAUUUAAGUAAUCAAAGGCAUUUCAAAGUGGCUACAGUCGGAGCAUACGUAGCUACCUA